AUGUCGCCCCCCAAGAAACUCCAGGUCUCCCGUGUUGCCGUCAUCGGGGCGGGCGCAAGUGGGCUGGCAGCUCUCAGGUAUCUGCUUGCCGAGAAGAAGUUCACCUACGUGCAGGCGUUUGAGCAACGGGCCACGCCAGGUGGUGUUUGGAAUUACACGUCUCUCGCCAAGGAGGAAAAGUUUCAUGUUCCACGAGAACACCCGAGUUCCCAUCCGGACGAGGCCAUAAAAGUCGAAGAUGGCAAACGGUUCGAGUUCAUCACGCCGGUCUAUGAACAACUUGAGACCAAUAUUCCACAUACACUGAUGAACUUUACCGAUAAGAAAUUUCCAGUCGGAACCCCUCUGUUUCCCAGUCAUGAAACAGUUUUGCGGUAUCUGAAGGGCUAUGCAGAAGAUGUCAAAUCUUAUAUCCAAUUCCAAUCACAGGUACUGGAUGUUCGAAGACUAGCUGGAGCUUGGGAGAUAGAGGUCCUCGACCUUCGCACUGACCAAGUCUCUCGAACUGAGUUUGACGCUGUUUUGGUGGCAAGCGGUCAUUUUAAUGACCCAUAUGUCCCAAACAUUCCCGGACUUGUUGAAUUUGACCAAGCUCAUCCAGGGGUGGUGGUCCAUUCCAAGUUCUACCGGCGGCCUGAUACAUAUGUUGGAAAGAAAGUCAUCAUCGUUGGCAACUCGGCGUCUGGUAUUGACCUGACAGCCCAGCUAUCUCGAGUUGCCAAACUGCCCGUCAUCAUCUCAGAGAAAGAGGACCAAGUUGGACUCGAGCCAUCUUUAAAUACUAACUCCACUGUCCAUCUUCCCGAAAUCACCAAGUUUCAGGCUGAAGGCCGAACUGUUCACUUCGCCAACGGCAACAUGGAGACUGAAGUUGAUGCAGUCAUUUUCUGCACAGGUUUCCACUACUCCUACCCCUUUCUUCAAUCCCUUGAACCCGGUAUUGCCGACCCUAAAGGGGAAUACGUCAAGCAUCUUUGGGAAAACGUGCUCUAUACCACAGACCCCACUUUGGCAUUCCUUAGUGUUCCACAGAGAGGGAUUCCGUUCCCCCUCGUUGAGACACAGAGUGCUGUCAUCAGUCGAAUCUGGUCUGGCCGACUAAUUCCCCCGUCAGAAAUCGAAAUGGAGUCAUGGGUGAAGGAAGAGCAUUUGAGAAAGGGGGAGGGGAAGCCAAUUCACAUCAUCAACUAUCCCGAAGAUGUAGAGUAUAUGCAGCGCCUCUAUGAUCUCAGCGCAACUGCUUUGAGGACUCCUGAGCUGGGGCUGGAGAAUGAGGGAGAUGGAAAGCGACCACCUCGUUGGGGCUCACAGCAGAUCUGGAUUAGGGGAAAAGUCGGCGAGAUCAAGCAGGCAUGUCGUUUGGCUGGAGAUCGCAGGUUCAACAUUACGUCGGCUGAGGAGCUAGGCUUCUUGUAUGAGGAACCAACAAACGAUGCCGCCUAA